GAUGAAUAUGAUGAUCGUGAGACGGACACUAGCUUGUUGUACAAGAGAUAGAGAGAUUAGUAUUGACUUUGGUGGAGAAGAGAGAAUUACAACGUAUGAUGGCCUCGAGAGCUGCAUACUGAACAGUCAGUCUUAUGACAAUGAAAGUGUCAAUAGCAGAGUUGAUGUUGGUGUUACAGAUUCUCUAUAUGAUGACGACUCGAAUAGCUCUUCUAGCAACAAUGUUUUUGGAUCAUUUUUAUCUCACUGGACAACAAGCCCUCAACAUUUUUAUGUGAACGAAAAAACUGGUUGUACAACACAACUUUCGGAUGUGGAAAUGAUGAAAGAGAGAUUUGCAAAGUUGUUGCUCGGGGAGGAUGUGACCGGAGGAAGCAAGGGGGUUUCUACUGCAUUAGCAUUGUCUAAUGCCAUUACAAAUCUUGCAGCGUCUGUGUUUGGAGAGCUGUGGAAAUUGGAGCCACUUGCAGAGGAACAAAAGAUGAAAUGGAGAACGGAAAUGGAUUGGUUACUCUCACCUACCAAUCAUAUGAUUGAGUUAGUUCCUGCUAGACAAAGUGGUUUGAAUGGCCAAAGUUUGGAGAUAAUGACACCAAAAGUUCGUGCUGACAUCCAUAUGAAUCUUCCAGCACUUCGGAAAUUGGAUUCGAUGCUUCUUGAAACGCUGGAUUCAAUGGUUAGUACUGAGUUUUGGUAUAUGGAAGUGAGUUCCCGAGCAGAAGGAAAGAACAUAAAGUGGCGUCUUCCUUCACCUAAGGUACCCGUAGCUGGACUCUCUGAAAUCGAAAGAAAGAAAUUGGUGAAUCAAGGGAAAUUGGUGAAUCAAAUAUUCAAGGCAGCAAAAGCUAUCAAUGAAAAUGUCUUGGCUGAAAUGCCUGUUCCAACAGUUAUCAAGGAUGUACUCCUAAAGUCUAGCAGGACAAGCCUCGGGGACGACCUUUAUAGGAUCCUGACUGCAGAAUCAACUUCUGCUGAGGAAAUGUUCAAUUCUUUGAAUUUGAAAUCUGAAAACAGCGCGGUUGAAGUUGUUAAUAGGUUAGAAGGAUCCAUUCUUGCUUGGAAAGAGAGAAUAACUGAUCAAGCUAGCGGAAAAUCUCCAGCUCGAAGAUCUUGGUCUUUUGGAAAAGAUCCAAUAUCUGAGCUAGACAAAUUGGAGGUCUUAUUGUGCCAAGCAGAAGCUCUUGUACAACAGCUCAAAUUUGAAUAUCCUAACCUUCCACAGACGUUCCUCAACGUCACAAAAAUCCAGUAUGGCACGGACAUUGGACAUUUGAUUAUGGAAGCAUACUCUCGAGUUCUCUUAAACUUAGCAUACAACAUUCUUACACGGAUUAGAGAAGUUUUGCAAGUAGAUUUCUCGAGCAACCUCAACUCACCUGCAGCUACUGUCUACUCGAGUCCUAUAUCGAGUGAUGAAACACUCGUUUAUCGAGCAGAUGAACAGAGCUGAUGGACAUUUUAGAGACUCCUAUGAAGAUUGUAGCAGCAUGUCUACUGCAGAUUCACCU